AUGGGGAAAUCAACUAUCCUAGAGUGCUUGGUCAGAUUCUGUGAUGCAAUAGAAAAUCUCUACACGAGGGAGUACCUCCGCAAACCUACGCCUAGGGACCUCCGAAGGCUUCUACGAAAAGCCGAGGCUCGAGGUUUCUCAGGCAUGAUUGGAAUCAUCGACUGCAUGCACUGGCAGUGGAAGAAUCGCCCAACUGCUUGGCAAGGAGAUUACGGGAAUAGGAAGGGCCAUAAAAGUAUAAUUCUGGAGAUCGUUGCAUCAUUCGAUACUUGGGUUUGGCAUGCCUUUUUUGGAGUUUCCAAAUCUCAAAACGACCUCAAUGUGCUUGGUCAAUCCCUGGUAUUCAACGAUGUCUUGAGAGGUCAUUCCCCCCCAAUCACGUAUAAAAUCAACAAUACCAUAUACUCGGGUGCGUACAACCUAGCCGACAGAAUUUAUCCGAGGUGGACGACAUUCGUCAAAACAAUUCUGAAUCCCUAA